GAAACUUCAAGUCGUCGCUAACUACAAAGCAUGUAUUACCAUAUAAGAAAGAUUUGGAGAAACUAAAAGACCCACCAACAGAAUACUCUUUCAUCGAUCGUGAGCAUUGGAACAUAUUUGUCGCUUCCAGAUUAACCGAACAAUUUGAGAUGGUUAGCAACAAGGGACGUGAGCGGAGAAAGAACAACAAGUACAACCAUCGAAUGUCGCGAAAAGGUUAUGCAAACCUUACCGAAGAGAUGAAAGCAAGCACAUCUAAUGGUGAGUUAAUUGAUCGUGCUUUAGUAUGGAAGAAAGCACGAACUACUAAAGAUGGAGAGAUUCCAGACAUAGACACAAAGGAGGUGGCCAAUAAAAUUGACAACCUACUUGUUUCAAAACGUGCGUCUCAUUCAAUGGACAACGUAACUUGUGAUAUAUUAUCGCAAGCCAUCGGAGGGAAUGAUCCACCAGGAAGGAUUCGAGGGGUGGGUCAAUACGUCACACCAAGUAAAUACUUCCACACUGCAAGAGAAAAACGAAAGAAGGUCGGUAAAGAAGAAGAUUAUGCUGAAGAGCGAGCGAGAAUGGCUGCUCGUAUCUUAGAACUGGAAGCAGAAUUAAUGAAGCAUAAGAAGGUUCCUGAAGUGGCCACAAAGGGAGAAACUGACGAGAGCAAGAUCAAGAGUCAAAUGGCUUCUAAAAGCAUUGACACAUCAGAUGAUGCAAAUGACCAUGACGCAAAAGAAGAAAAUAGACAAGUUCUAGAAGACUUGACAAUAGAGGACUUGACAAUAGAAAAACAAGAUAAGGUUGGUGAGGAGAACAAAUAUGUUUGUGCAUCGAUUGAGACUUUGACAAAAGUGAAGGAUGGCACUUCUUGUCGACUUGCAAUUGGGACUAAGGACAAUGUUGUCGGUGCUGGAACUAUUUUCGACUACUACAUGGACGGUGACAACGUGAAGGUAUCAGUGGACAUGGUUACCGAUGGUAAUUGCUUCGUUCCUGUUCCAACAAGGGAAGGUAGGACUAUGCUUUCCCAAGAAGUUGGUUCACAGUUGUUAUGGCCUCGUCAUUUAGUCAUUCCCCUAGACGAAAAGAUGAAAAGCGUGUACCAAGCUGAUCCGCGAUUACCGUCGUUGACACUGAAUACAAAGAGAGCACCAGUUACACUACGAUUAUUGCUAUGGGAACUUGAUUAUAUUGGGUCAAAAAUUCAAAUUCACGUACCUGCUAAAGUUUUUGGGUAUGAACGAAAAUGUUGCAUAUUCCUCGAGGCACUCCAAGAAUUUUGUCAAAUGCAGCCUAUAUCAACCCAAUGCAUUGAUGCAUUCAUGUUUCACCUCUACAAAGUGAUGGAAGAGAAUGGAACGUUGGGAUCCUACAAGUUUGCAGACGCUGGCUCUAUUUCAGUUGGUAUAAGUAAAGAAGAUCGAGCACAGAUCCUGAAUGCUAGAUUGCUUGGGACCGACCAUCGUCAGAUUUUGAUGUUUCCUUAUAAUUCAGGGUAUGUGCAAAACUUUUUUCAGCUAAUGCACCUAAUGAACUAUAUGACCUUCAUUCUAAGUUUAACUCACAUUUACCUGUCAAUAUAG